UCAAUUCUCUCCACAUAAGCAUCCACAGUCAACAUACAUAUUUACGAACAUAAAACAAGAACCCCUCUCUCUCUCUCUCUCUCUCCCCUCAUAUUCAUGGCUAAUAUUGCCGCGGCAACAAAGCAAUGCCUUGGUCGUUUAAUGGACUCAGAAUCAUUCAAAUGUAGCAUAUCUUCUUCUACUAAUAACUUACCCACAAGUCUCUGCUACUCCAACAAUAUUCGCUUUCCUCCUAACCAAAGGAAUCAGUUGCGUGUAAUGUCCAUGAAUGGUUGCAAAGGAGACCCCCACUUUUUACAGAAUUUGCCGUUAGGCACCAUUGAAACGCGUACUUUCCCAGUAGUCCCUUCUCAUGCACUGGCUUUGGAGAGGCUUUGCUCCACCAUUUCGGAAUUGAAGUCCGACCCACCUCCUAAUUUCACCUCUGGAAUUUUACGUCUCCAGGUUCCAAUUCAGCAGCAAAUUGAUGCAAUUGAUUGGCUCCAUGCCCAAGACCAGCUUCUUCCACGCUGUUACUUCUCUGGUCGAAGCCAAACCCAAAAUUCCAAUAUCUUUCUUGAUAUCACCAAUGGGAAUGGGAAUGGGAAUCGCAAUGUCAUUGGGAAUGGGAAUGGGAGUGGCCACAACCAGUGGGCGUAUCGUAAUCUGGUCAGUGUUGCUGGUGUGGGCUCCGCAGUCUUUUUCAGGCAGCUCCAUCCAUUUUCAUACAGCCACUGGAAGUCCAUUAAGAGGUUCCUCUCUAGAGAAUGCCCUCUAAUUCGUGCUUACGGGGUCAUCCGUUUCGAUGCAAGAUCCAACAUGUCGCCCGAAUGGGAGGCUUUUGGUUCAUUUUACUUUAUGGUUCCUCAGGUUGAGUUUGAUGAGUUUGAACAUAAUUCGAUGCUUGCUGCAACCAUUGCGUGGGAUGAUGCCCUUUCAUGGCCAUGGCAAAAGGCAAUCAAUGAACUUCAAGCUACACUUUGCCAGGUCUCUUCGAAGGUUGUAAAAUUACGUAAAGAAGCUCCCAGGACAUUCAUAUUGAGCAACAAUAACAUCCCAAGCAAGAAAUAUUGGGAUCUUGCUGUUAACCGGGCUUUACAGAAAAUAAGCAGAAGUGACUCAGCACUUACUAAGGUUGUGCUGGCACGAAGCAGCAGAGUAGUGACUGCUACUGAUGUUGAUCCUAUAACAUGGCUAGCUUGCUUACAGGUUGAAGGCGAAAACGCUUAUCAGUUUUGCCUUCAGCCACCUGAUGCACCUGCUUUUAUUGGAAACACGCCAGAGCAAUUGUUUCACAGAAAAUGGCUCGACAUUGAGAGCGAUGCCAUGGCUGGAACCUGCGCCAGAGGUGAAUCCAUGACUGCUGAUCUUCAGAUAGAACUUGACCUACUUUCCAGUCCCAAAUAUCAUCUCGAGUUUUCCAUUGUGCGAGAAAGCAUAAAGAAAAAGUUGGAGGAUGUCUGUAAUUUCGUGGUAGUUGACCCCAAGAAAGCAGUAAGAAAACUUCCAAGAAUCCAACAUUUGUAUGCCAAAUUGGCUGGCAGGUUAAGAAGUGAAGAUGAUGAGUUUGAGAUUUUGUCUUCUCUUCACCCAACUCCAGCUGUAUGUGGAUUUCCAACAGAUGAGGCACGGCUUUUGAUUGCUGAAACAGAAAUAUUUGACCGAGGAAUGUAUGCUGGCCCUGUUGGUUGGUUUGGAGGAGGAGAGAGUGAGUUUGCUGUUGGCAUAAGGUCAGCCUUAGUGGAAAAGGGUGUUGGUGCAUUGAUAUAUGCUGGGACAGGCAUUGUGGAAGGCAGUGAGGCAUCUUUAGAGUGGGAUGAGUUGGAACUCAAAGUUUCUCAGUACACUAAGUUGCUUAAACUUGAAGUUCCUCCGAGAAAAAAGGUUAAGGACUACUAGUUGAGAAUAUUCAUAAUCCUCUUACACGAUAAGGACAGAAAUAUUUUGGAUGACAAACUCUCCGGUUAUACCCUUCAUACGUCAGUUUUGAAUUGGUGGCAUUAAACGCCUCAUACUAUAUAGCCUCUCUCAUUGCUGAAGUUGAAGAGCACCCGAAAAGCGCAUGAGCCUCGUCUGAUACGUUGAAGGCUUGGCAGUGAUCACGCUGUUCAUCAAGAGGUCGGUGACCGGAUUGAAAAAAGAAUGCCAUUUGACAUGAGAUUGCGUUCUGAUCAGCGAAAUUCAAUGUCUUCCCCAAUGCUCUCUCAGGUGCAUAGUCCUUGCUCACCUAGACCGUUCCAAAAUGGGCACUAUCAUUUUCAUUGUCAUUAUUUUUCACUAGACUAGUGUAUAUGUUAGUAGUGUGAAUUUCAUUAUUAUUACCAUUUUUUUUUGUAACAACGAAUAGCUAAUUGGUCUACUGAUGUGUGACAAACAUUGAGAAACGUUUGUGUAUACACACGU